AUGGCCAUUCUUUUAUCCACACUUCCCAAACUUGGCAUUGCCAAUUCCAAAUCCUUCAUCUCUUUCACCUCAAAACCCAUAAACUCUACCCUCAACAACCCCACUUCCAAACGCCACCUUAUCCUCCGAACUUCUUUACUCUGCAUUGGCAUUUCCCUAACUCCUCAACUCCCACCCGCUCUAUCUUCUUCUCAACCCCCUUCUUCUUCAACCAAUUCCGUUCUUUCUAGCAUUGAAGAUACCAGUUCUUGGUUCCGAUUUUAUGGCGAUGGCUUCGCUGUUCGAGUCCCACCAGAGUUUCAAGAUGUCAUGGAACCAGAGGAUUUUAAUGCUGGAACGUCUCUUUAUGGGGAUAGGGCAAAGGAGAAGGAAGUCGUAGCACGAUUUGUAUCUUCAGAUGGAUCAGAGGCUGUGAAUGUUAUUACACGGCGGGCCAGUCAAGUUAAAAUCACCUUUUUAGAGGUUCAGGAUAUAUCUGGUUUAGGCUCCUUGAAGGAAGCAGAAAAAUUAUUUAUUCCAGGAGGGUCAACGGUUUACUCUGCAAGAUCAAUAAAAGUUCAGGAAGAAGGUGGUUUUAGGACUUACUAUUUCUAUGAAUUUGGUAAAGAUGACAUUCACUUAGCAUUGAUGGCAGGCGCAAGAGGUGGAAAGGUUAUAAUUGCUGGUGCAACUGCACCACAGGACAAGUGGGACACUGAUGAUGGUGUAAAACUUCGUUCUGCUGUUAUGUCACUGACAAUUCUGUAG